CUCUGCUUCACUGCAGGUGGUCGAAGAAGAAGAAGGCCCUCGAUCUCCUGCCCUCCACUCCACCAGAGCCGGUGCGAUCCCGGUCCCGACCGACCUCAGCACAGCAUGUUCGUGGUCGAGGACAAGGGCGGCGCCAUCGCGCUGAUGCUGGCGUCGCUGCUGUUCCUGGGCACGUGGCCGGCCGUGCUGACGCUGCUGGAGCGCCGAGGCCGGCUGCCGCAGCACACGUACCUGGACUACUCCGUCACGAACCUCCUCGCGGCCGUGCUCAUCGCGCUCACCUUCGGCCAGCUCGGGGGCGCCAGGCGCGGCAUGCCCAACUUCCUCACGCAGCUCGGCCAGCCCAACUGGCCUUCCGUGCUGUUCGCCAUGGCCGGAGGCGUCGUGCUCAGCGUCGGGAACCUCUCCACCCAGUACGCUUGGGCCUACGUCGGUCUCUCCGUCACCGAGGUCGUCAGCUCCAGCAUGGUGGUCGUCAUUGGCACGACGCUGAACUACUUCCUGGACAACCGCAUCAACAGGGCAGAGAUUCUGUUUCCCGGCGUGGCAUGCUUCCUUGUUGCUGUCAUCCUUGGCUCUGCUGUCCACGCCUCCAACGCAGCUGACAACGAGGAGAAGCUCAGUGCCUCCACAAAUGCCUACCAGCUUGGUAGGACAGCUGGGGCUGCGGAACCAAGCAAGCAUGUCCUAGACAAAGAUGUUGCCAAGGACUUGGAGAAUGGAGUCUCUGGAACAAAGCAAGCUGACAAAGCGGAGGCAGGCACCGCAGAAUACCUCAUUCAACUCGAAGAGCGGCGGUCAAUCAAGGUAUUCGGUUCAAACACGUUCAUCGGUCUGGGGAUCGUGUUCUUCGCGGGGGCGUGCUUCUCGCUCUUCUCCCCGGCGUUCAACCUGGCAACCAACGACCAGUGGCGCACGCUCAGGGGCGGCGUGCCGCACCUGGUGGUCUACACCGCCUUCUUCUACUUCUCCGUCGCGUGCUUCGCCGUCGGCGUCGGCCUCAACGUGCUGUUCCUCUACCGCCCCAUGGCCGGGGUGCCCAGGUCCUCCCUCGGGGCCUACCUCGGGGACUGGGACGGCCGGCACUGGGCGCUCCUCGCCGGCCUGCUCUGCGGCUUCGGCAACGGCCUCCAGUUCACGGGCGGGCAGGCCGCGGGCUACGCCGCCGCCGACGCGGUCCAGGCGCUGCCGCUCGUCAGCACCUUCUGGGGCGUACUGCUCUUUGGGGAGUACCGCAAGUCGUCGCGGAAGACGUACCUCCUGCUCGGCUUCAUGCUCUUCAUGUUCGUCGCCGCCGUCGCCGUGCUCAUGGCUUCGUCAGGUCACAGGACCACAGAGUGAUCCUGGUCCUGUCAGUCAGGCUGUCACGCCCUAACAUGCAUGAAAUCUUCGGUACAAAGGAAUGGAGAUGUACAUAAAAAUGUUUCUGUUGUGAUUGAUCAGGUAUAUAGCACCAUAUAAAAAUUAAAGCUAUUUAUAUUCUUUCC